AUGUACUUCGGUUCAGGCACAGGAGUCUGUGGACCCUAUACUGUCCAAAAUUGGGCUCUUGAUUUAUCAGCUUUGAGUGACCAAGAGCAAGUCCGCUCCCUUCUAUUGAAACAUCGUUCUGUGUUUGCUGCCCAUGAAGGAGAUCUAGGCUGUACCAGUCUCAUCUGUCAUGAGAUUCCGUUGCCUGAUCAGGUUCCAGUCCGGCAGCGGUACCGUCGACUACCUCCCUCUGAGUAUGAUGUGGUUAAGUCGCACAUCCAGCAAUUGCUGGAGGCUCAGAUCAUCCAAGAGAGCUGCAGCCCGUACGCGUCCCCGAUCGUCCUGGUCCGAAAAAAAGAUGGUAGCCCAUGAUUGGGUGUGGACUACCGCCAGUUGAACAGUAAAACUCGCAAGGACGCGUUUCCACUCCUGCAUAUCGAGGAAACUUUGGAUGCGCUCUCUGGUGCCUGCUGGUUUUCAACAUUAGAUCUUGCCAGCGGGUAUAAUCAGGUGCCCGUUGCAGAGCCAGAUAAGGUGAAAACAACUUUCUGUACCCCAUUCAGCUUGUUCGAAUGGAACAGGAUGCCUUUCGGGCUCUGCAAUGCCCCUAGCACUUUUCAAAGGCUAAUGCAGUGGCUGUUUGGGGACCAGCAGUGCCAAUUGUUAUUGCUUUAUUUAGAUGAUGAUGUGGUGUUUUCUUCCUCUGUUGACCAACAUCUGCAGCAGCUCGCAGUGGUGCUCGACCGGUUGCAGCAGGAGGGAUUAAAAGCCAAAUUAGAGAAGUGUGUAUUUUUUCAGAGGGAGGUAGGUUAUCUUGGGCAUGUAAUCUCGGACAAGGGUGUCUCUACUGACCCCAAGAAGGUUGAGGUGGUGGCCAACUGGCGACAUCCCACCCAGGUUUCUGAGCUCCGGUCGUUUUUGGGCUUCGCGAGCUAUUAUUGCCGCUUUGUCAAGGGGUUUGCAAAGUUGGCAGCCCCUUUGCAUAAGGUGGUGGCUGAACUGGUAGGUACCAAGUUGCGAAAGGCCUCAGGCCGGAGCUUGCCAUCAGUGUGGACAGCGGAAUGCGAGGCUGGUUUUGAAGGUCUGAAAAGCAAAUUGGUGCAGGCAACUGUGCUUGCAUAUGCUGACUUUUCAUUGCCAUUUAUUUUAGAGAUCGACGCCAGUUAUACCGGCCUCGGAGCAGUUCUUUCCCAAGAACAGGGUGGCCAGGUUCGGCUCAUUGCCUACGCUAGCCGUGGAUUGAGGCCCACUGAGCGCAACAUGUCAAACUAUAGCUUUAUGAAGCUGGAGUUUGUUGCGCUCAAGUGGGCUAUGACGGAGAAGUUCUGUGAAUAUCUUCUUGGUCAGAAGUGUAUUGUAUUCACGGACAACAAUCCACUCUGUCACGUGUCCACGGCUAAGCUUGGCGCUACCGAGCAAAGGUGGGCUGCCCAGUUGGCUGCCUUUGAUUACGAGUUGAGGUAUAGGUCAGGAUGGACAAAUAGGAACGCUGAUGCGUUGUCACGACAGUAUGUGGAUUCGGGUGCCGGCCUAGAGGGAGCGCGUGGGACACUCCUUCUUACACCUUUGCAAAAGGUGGAGGUUGGUUUGAGUACUGUGGUAGCAGUACAAUCCUCCAUCUCGCUCUUCCCCAAUCACUCCACUUCUGACUUGCAGGUUUUGCAGAGGGCCGAUAUUGUUAUUCAGCUCAUAUUGACCUUCUGGGAACGGAAGAAGCGUCCAAGUGCGGCUGAACGGCGUUCACUGACAUCUAAGGCUUUGGUGUUGCUACGCCAAUGGGAUCAUUUUGUGCUCAAGGAUGGUGUGCUGCACUGCCGGAUCUUCCGCCCUGAUGGCGGGGAGGAGGUCCUCCAAUUAGUUCUACCUUCCCCUUUGCAUUUGGUGGUAAUGACCCAGCUCCACCAGAAUCAUGGCCAUCAAGGGAUUGAGAGGACUAGCCGGUUGGUGCAGCAGCGGUGCUACUGGCCGGGGAUGUUUGCUGACAUCAAGCGGUGGUGUCAAGAGUGUGAGCAUUGCCAGGUUAGUAAAGAUAUGCAGCCGGUGGCUCAUAGUUUUAUGGGGCAUUUGUUGGCCUCCCGACCCAAUGAAAUCUUGGCCCUAGAUUUCACGAUUUUGGAGCCUACCCGUAGUGGCAUUGAAAACGUUUUGGUAAUGACUGGCAUCUUCAGUAAAUAUACAUUAGCUAUCCCUACCCGGGAUCAACGUGCUGCCACCAUGGCCCAAGUCCUGGUCAAUGAAUGGUUCUACAAACUGGGGGUUCCCAGUCGUGUCCAUUCAGACCAGGGCCAAAACUUUGAAAGCGCAUUAAUUCACCAGCUCUGUCAGAUGUAUGAGAUUGCAAAGUCCCGAACAACUCCUUACCAUCCGGCUGGCAAUGGCCAGUGCGAGAGGUUUAACCAAACGCUGCAUAAUUUGUUGCGGACUUUGCCUGCAUCGCAGAAACGCGACUGGAAGAUGGGCCUCCCCCAAAUGGUGCUUUUUUAUAACACGACCCUGUACCAGUCCACCGAUGAAUCACCGUAUUUCCUUAUGUUUGGUCAAGAUCCCAAACUGCCGGUGGACUUUUUGUUGGGUAGGGUAGCCGAUCCUGUGGCGGGGACCGUAACAGACUGGAUAGCGGAACACCAAAGGCGACUUAACCUUGCCUUUAGUGGGGCAAGGGACUGCUUGGCUAAUGCAGCAGAAUAUCGCCAGCAGUUUUAUGGUCAGCGGGUGCGGGAGUUGCCGUUGGAGGAGGGCCACCUUGUUUAUGUCCGUGAUCAUAGUUUUAGGGGUCGUAACAAAAUUCAAGAUCGAUGGCAUCCAGUGUUGCAUAAGGUAAUUAAGGUUCCACAGCCAGGUGGUGUCAUUUACGAUAUUGCACCCAUUGAUGCCUUGGGCAAAACCAAGCAUGUGCAUCGUACCAUGCUGAAACCUUAUCUUGGCUUAAACCCUGUGCACAGUCCUCCCCCUCUUGCACCAGGUUUGCCAGCUUUGCAGGAGGACGACUCCAAUGAGGACAUUGGCUUGUUGGUGGCUACUGGAAUCAUUCCGGAUGACAUGUUCUACAACUGCUCUUUGGAUGCUUGGAGGAUUAAUGACAUCAUCGGCAAGGCUCAGUGGGCUGUACCCAGCAGAGUGGGCGCUCAAAGGGGGAUCUCCAGACAUGGAAGAGCGACAGUUGCACUGCGUGUUCAUGCUCUGAGUGGCUUUGACAUCCAUGCUGGUCUCAGAAAAGGAAGCCAGGCAGUGGAGGCAGUAAUGAAGAUGUGGCCUCCUCCAGCACCUCCAACCUCUUCAGCUCCUGCUCACUGGGGCUCUGGAGCUGAAAGCAGCUCACUCAAUACAAGUGCUCAGGAAAAUACAGCAGAACUCCAGCUACACCGAGAGCCAGACUGCCAUGUCUACCGCAGUGCCAAGCUGGGAAACUCCGACCACAGGCUGCUCGCCAUGACAGUCUGUCUUCGACUGAAAAGGAACCACUCCACCAAAGCACAGUGCAAGGUUGACAUCUCCAAACUGUGGUCUCCUGAAGUCGCAGCCCACUUCCAGCUGGACCUUCACAACCGCUUCGCCGCCCUGCCUACAGACCCAGAUGAGGACAAUCCAGAGAAGCUCUGGAACGACCUCAAGCAAAGCAUCACUGCUGCAGCCAGGGUGCUUGGGCACAAGAGAAUGAAGGAGAGGAAGGACUUCCUGUCAGAGGAAACUUUGUGUUGUGGAGGCAAGAACAGCCAGACUGGCAGGGAGUGCAGAUGUCUUAAUGCCAAACGCAACAAGCUGAACUGGCUCGACAACCUACCAGAAGAAGCAGAGGCGGCUGCCCAUAGAGGCGACCAAGGCUUCCUCUACAGGACCCCAGGGCCAGAUUAUGGGGGAAGCAGACGACCAUUGGAGCCUGGGAUGAAAUUGGUGAUCACUCUGCGUUUCCUAGUGACAGGUAGCAGCUACAGAUCUUUAGCCUUCAACUUCCAUGUCGCCCACAACACCAUCAGCCUGUUCAUUCCCGAAGUGUGUUCAGCCAUAUUUGAUGAAUACCGCAAGGAGCUGUUUGAAGUCCCCUCAACACCUGACCAAUGGCGUGACGUAGCACAGAAAUUUUGGAAAAGGUGGAACUUUCCCCAUACUUGUGGUGCUAUAGACGGGAAACAUAUAGCUAUAAAGAAACCAAACAAGAGUGCUUCGCUGUUCUAUAACUAUAAAGGAUUUUUCUCUAUUAUAUUGCUCGGUGUGGUGGAUGCUGAAUACAAGUUCGUCUGGGCCACUGUUGGGGGCAAUGGCUCUGCAUCAGAUUGCGGCAUUUUCAACGCUUCCCAGCUGUACCCGGCCCUUGUGGGGGAUUCACUUGGCUUCCCCCAACCUGAGGCACUCCUCCCAGGAGAUGACUGUGACCUUCCGUACUUUCUCGUGGGCGAUGACGCGUUCCCCCUACGUACCUGGAUGAUGAAGCCAUACAGCAACAGGGGACUUUCAGGAGCUAAAGGCCAGAAUAUGAGUCCCCAACCCCUCAACGCCAUCAUAAAGAGAACACUCUGGAAAGAAAAUCACCACCAACAGAAUGAUAAAUUCCUCCCCCUUGGACUUGUAGGCCCACGCUGCACUGCCUCUGUUUUUAUUGAAGGAAUAGAGUGUGAGUCCAUCCUCGACACUGGAUCUCAAGUUACAACUGUUUCUGAGACAUUCUACUGGAACAACCUGUCUUUCCUCCCCAUUCAGCCCAUCCAAGCCUUGUUCCAGGUAGAAGGUGCAAGAGGCCAACAUGCCCCCUAUAAGGGUUAUACCCAAGCCCUCAUCUCCUUCCCUAGCAACAUCACUGGUGUUGCUGAACAGAUCACUGCUUUAGUCCUCAUUGUGCCAGACUGUCACUUCAACACCCAGAUUCCUCUGUUGGUUGGAACGAAUGUCUUAGACAGAUUGUACAAAGAUGGCGUGGAAAAGCAUGGACCAGAGUUCUUGCAAGGACCUGACCUCAAUAGCGACUGUGUCCUACUGUUCCAGCAUGUUGCCCAAAGUCAUCAGGAAGAGAAUUCAGCCUGUCAUGUCAAGUUACAUGGACGACAUUCCGUUGUCAUCCCAGCGGGAGGAACAGUGUCUGUCUCGGGUGAUGUCAGGAUGAGGAAGAACUCUCCACGCUCACUCUUUGUGGUUGAGUCCCCUGAAAUGUCUUCAUUGCCAGGAGGCGUGUUCAUUGAGAGUGCCCUUCAAGAAAUUCCACACAGAUCAUCAAGCAAGAUCCCCAUUGUGCUGAGGAAUGUGACCAACCGAAACAUCAUGCUGCAUCCAAAGCAGGUGAUAGCUCAGAUGAUGGUAGCACAGUAUAUGAUGCCACCCGAACCACAUGGAACAGUGUCUGACAUCCCCCAGUCUCAGAACAAUGGACUGAGUUUCAACCUGGAAGAUUCCCCCAUUCUAAAAGAGUGGAAGAAACAAAUCACAGAAAAGCUGAACAACAUGCCGGAGAUCUUUGCUGUUGUUGACCUGUCCUACGGCCAUAAAUCUGCCAUCAAGCACCACAUCCGCCUCCAGGAGGACACUCCCUUUAGAGAGAGACCCAGUGGCGCAAAAUGGUUCUCUGUCAUGGACCUGAAGUCAGGCUACUACCAAGUAGAGGUUGCUGAGGAAGACAAACACAAGACCGCUUUUGUAUGCCCUCUAGGCUUCUGGGAGUUUAACUGGAUGCCUCAAGGUGUAACAAAUGCACCAAGCACUUUUCAGAGGCUUAUGGAGAAAUAUGUGGGAGAUUUACACCUGAACGAAGUCCUAGUCUUUCUGAAUGAUCUCAUUGUCUUCUCAGAGACAUUAGAAGAGCAUGAGACCAGAUUUCUUAAAGUGCUUAAUCGGCUCAAAGACUACAGUCUGAAACUGUCCCCAGACAAGUGCCACUUUUUCAAGACCUCCAUCAAAUAUUUUGGUCACGUCGUUGAUGCUGAAGGAGUCCACACAGAUCCCAGUAAAGUCUCUGCAUUAAAGGAAUGGCCCUGUCCCACCAACAGAAAAGAGCUCAAAUGCUUCUUAGGAUUUGCUGGAUACUACAGAUGAUUUGUGGAAGGAUAUUCUAAAAUAGCGAAGCCACUGAACAGCCUUACAGCAGGAUAUAGAAAAGUUCAAACACCCAUUAAUCCCACCUUGCCCUUUGGAGAUGACUGGACUGAAGAGUGUGAGGUUGCAAUUAGAACUCAUAUAGACAAAUUGACCUCAGCCCCUGUCCUGGCCUUUGCCAAUCCCAACUUGCCAUACGUACUACACACAGAUGCCAGCCGUGAUGGACUUGGCGCUGCCCUCUACCAAGAACAAGAUGGAAAACUGCGAGUCAUAGCAUAUGCCAGCAGAGGGCUGUCCAGGAGUGAACAGAAUUACCCCAUCCACAAACAAGAGUAUCUCGCUUUAAAAUGGGCCAUUUGUGAGAAAUUCCAUGAUUACCUUUAUGGCACUGAAUUCCAAGUUUUAACCGAUAACAACCCCUUAACUUAUGUGCUGACCACAGCUAAGCUUGAUGCAACAGGAAGAGACUUUGAAUCCCGUACCAUCAAAGAGCUGUGUUCGCUGAUUGGCACAGAGAAAGCGAGAACCACACCAUACCAUCCACGUGGCAACCCCGUCGAAAGGUUCAACAGGACCCUCCUCAGCAUGCUUGGAAUGCUAGAGGAAAAGGACAAAUACCACUGGAGGGACUUUGUCCAGCCUUUAGUCCAUGCAUACAAUUGCACCAGGAAUGACACCACUGGUUACUCACCGUACAAGCUGAUGUUUGGCAGGCAGCCAAGACUCCCCAUUGAUCUUGUCCUUGGCCUUCAACCAAAACAAGAUGGCUUCAAGUCACACUCAGAUUAUGUGAAGGGCCUUCAUCAACGCCUGCAAGACAGUUAUGCCCUUGUUUCUGAAAGCUCACAGAAGAUGGGAGAAAAGAACAAGGCCAGAUUUGACACCAAAGUUAGAGCAGCAGAACUAGUUCCUGGAGACAGAGUCCUGGUGAAGAACAUGAACCUGAGAGGAAAACAUAAGCUUGCUGAUAGAUGGGAGAAGGAAGUCCAUGUUGUAGUAAAGAGAAUGGGUGGAAGUCCUGUCUACGUCGUCACACAAGAAAGAGGUGAUGCUCCACACCAAACCCUUCACAGAGACCUCCUCCUGCCCUGUGGUUUCUUACCUGUUGGAGAACUGGAAACAGAGCCUGAAAAGAAAUUCCUUGCAAGAAGGUUGAGAUCCUGA